CUUCUACCUUUUCCUCGCCUCUCGCCUCUUGCGUCUGCCUGGUUCGGGAUGGACCGCAGAGUAUCCAUGCGAUCAUUUCCAGAUGAUCUGACCCAGGCCAUUUCCCCCAGAAACUUCAUUGACCAUUUCCCCAGUCGACCGCCGUCCCCUUGAAGCAUCACCCCAAGACGGUAGCAGACAGAACAGAACAGCUCCACAGCGGGGACCCGCAAAGGCAAAGAAGCAUUCAUCGCAUCCGCCAGACCGAACAGCCACCCAAAAAUCCAUCCAACACCUCGACCCUUGUCACCGCACCCCCAGACACAAUGUUCACCUUACGACGGCAAUUCUCCACCGCCGCAUCCCGCCUCAAACCCACCACGUCCAGCACAAUGACCACCCCCGCACCUCCCAACAAACAACACACCUUCCAAGUCUUCCGGGACGUGCCCCCGCUGCGCGCCCUCCGCCGAGAAAUGCUCCUCUCCAACCGGACCGUGGGCCUCGUGCCGACGAUGGGCGCCCUGCACGAGGGCCACCUGUCGCUGAUCCGCCAAGCGGCGGCCGAAAACACGGACGUGAUCGUCAGCAUCUUCGUGAACCCGACGCAGUUCGGCGUGAACGAGGACCUGUCCAGCUACCCGCGCACCUGGGACAGCGACGUCGCCAAGCUGGAGGCGCUGAACGCGGAGCUUGCUGGCUCCAUCAACCAUAAAAACAACGCCUCCCCGCAGCCCCAGGGCCGCAUCACCGCGAUCCUCGCCCCGACCGCGCAGGUCAUGUACCCGUCGCUGCCGCCGACCUCGGAGAUCGACGGCGACGGCUCCUUCGUGACGAUCACGCCCAUCGCCCGGAAGCUCGAGGGGGCGGCGCGGCCCGUCUUCUUCCGCGGGGUGGCGACAGUGUGCAUGAAGCUGUUCAACAUCGUGGGCGCGGAGCGCGCGUAUUUCGGCCAGAAGGAUGUGCAGCAGACGGUCGUGAUCCGGCGCAUGGUCAAGGAUUUCCACGUGGACACGGAGAUCAAGAUCGGGGCGACGGUACGCGAGGCCGAUGGGUUGGCGAUGAGUUCGCGGAAUGUGUAUCUCGGGAGCAGGAGGCGGAGCGUGGGGUUGGUGCUGUAUCGCGCGUUGAAGGCGGCGGAGGAGCGGUAUGCAGGCGGGCAGAAAGUGCAGCGGCGGGAGAUCUUGGAGGCGGCGGAGGAGGUUACGGCGCAAGUCCUCAAGGAGCAGGAGGCGUUGGGCCCGCACCAGCGCGCGCGGUUCGAGGUCGAUUACAUCUCGCUGGCGGAUCCGGAGACCUUGGAGGAGCUGGAGGUCGUCGACCCCGAGAAGGGGGCGAUUCUGAGUGGCGCGAUCAAGAUGGCGCCGCUGGAGGAGACGGCCCUCGGCGAGGACUGCGGGCUGGGCGAGGGCAAGGUGCCGGUGCGACUGAUUGAUAACUUGAUCUUUGCGCCGCGGGCGUAGCUGCUUGCUUGCUUGGUUGCUUCGGGUCAGGUUCUACGCGCUAUACCGAACAGUACAGUCCAUAUACCCCAAACCACCCAGAAAAGAUGUUUUAUACAAUGUAAAGUAGACUAAAUACAG